AUGGAUAAGAAGCAAUCAUCACGCAAGAUAUCUGCAGAUAACGAAGAAUACGAUAUUUUUAUGGGAAUCUAUGAGUUGGGCGUUACCCUUGGGAACUAUCGCCCUAAUGUACACCAGAUAUUUCAAGUCUUAGCCAAGAGUUCCAAGAGGAACACCUCAACCAAUGAUUCAAUGGAAGGAGUGCUGCUCAAUGAUAUCCGCUUGCGUUACGAGGAUCUGCAGGAGCAAUCAGAUGCUGAAGGAAAGUUUCUACACGAGGCUGAGCAGCAUAUCUUUAUGUGUCUCUAUAAGGAGUUGGUUGGCAUAGAUACGGACGAGCGAGAGCGUAUGAAAUACAUCGAGCUAUGUUGCGAGCUAUACGGUGAGGAUCGAAAGAAAGAUAUGGGUUUUGAGGAAUCUUUAAGUUUCCGCUUAAAGUGCAUAGAUCGCUUACACAUGAACAUUGAAAAGAUUACGGCACGACUUGAUGCUGCGACCGAUCAGGAAUCUAGUGUUAAUGUUCACAGCAAUGAAAAAUUCGAUUCACAUGCUGAUGUUGCAGAUACUGUUUUUGGUAGAACGGAUGACGCUUUGGAUUAUGCUGUGAAUUUUAAUGGGAAUGAUCCCGUUGAAGCUUCGUUUGAGGUACCUGUGAAUUUGCAAAAGGAAAUGCCUGUUGAUUUGCCCUCGGAUAUUCUUAUAGAUACACGAAUUUCUCUGCCUAUUGGUGUUAAUGUGAAUGCUCCAAUAGAGGAAUCUGUGGGUGCACAUGUGAAUGUUGCAGUGUCUGUUCCGAUAGAUCCAGUUGAUCAGAAAACCAAUGGAGUGCAGGAGAUUUUUCGUGAAUUUCAGGAGAAAAACGAGGACUUAGCGUGGGAACAUCUGAAACAAACAAAAGUUUUAGCAUCGGAAUUCAUUCAAACUAUGACAAUAAUGGGUAAAGUUGUUCCAAGAACCAACACAGAUCAGAUCCAGAAAUGCCUCCAAGACACGACUGAAGAUUUGUUUUCUUUGAGCGAUGAUCUCGAAGAUAUAUCGUCAGGAUUGAGUAAAAUAUACAUUCUGACGAAAGAACGUAAUUCCUUGUCCAGAUUGACAGUACACAAUGACAAUACAAAAGUUCCUACAGUUCCACCAAGACAGAAAUCUGAAACGGACUUCGAAGCACUACAUGAUUAUGCGGAAAACACGACAAUCGUCAGACCUUAUACGGUGAAUAUGGAACAAAAAGUAUCUUCAGAAUUCACUUCGAAUUUACAACAUCAGCGCCACAUAAUAGCGGCGCCACGUUAUAUUCUAAAACUAUUCAAGUCAAAUCCCUCAAUGGAUCUGAAUGCUCCCAAUUUAUUUGAGCAGUUGGACCAGUUCUAUGAGGAAACAGAACAUAAGGAUAAUGUACUUUCUGAAGAGAUGUCCUCAAUUCUAUCACGUCUAAAGAUAUACCUGCGAAAUAUCAAGAAAGACCUCCCCAAGGACAUCACCUACUCAGAUUGGUUGACGAGAGUGGCAAAGUGUCAGCUGACAGAGAUACUUACCAGUGCAGAGAGAGAUGCCUGGCAGCUGAGAAACCGUGGUGGCCAAGAGCUGACGGAUGAAGAUCGCUAUCGGGACGCACUCGAUGGUUUGCUGGGCUCUGAGUCGGCCCAUCCUAGAUUGUCCGACUUGAAUUCGCGACUGCCGAUUCGGUCGCCGCAUCACCAGCACAGCAUCAGCGAGUCCUAUUUGCUUUUGGCCCUGGGCCAUGUCGGAUCCUUGUAUCGAUCCUUGAAGCUAAAGGUGCAAGAGCUGGCCCAACAGGGCCUAACACAAAGUGACCAAGCCCUGGCGGAAUGUAUUCGUGGGGAUCUGUCCUCAUUCCAUGAAUUCUAUAAUCAACAGGUGAAUAGUCGCGGAAGUCUACUUCGUCUAUUCUUGGGCACUCGAGGCUUUCAGCAGAGGUUUCAGGUGCUUCUGAACCUAAUUGUCAAUGUACAGAACAGCAAAUCUUGUGUCGUAUCGCUUUACAAUCAGUUGGCUCAAACAGUGGAUAUGGCAGAGGCUAAAGUGCAAAAUUGGUUGAUGAUAGUAAGCAACCACCUACUUAUCAAGCUCAACCACUGGUUGCGGAAUGGUCAACUCCCAGAAUCGGGCUGUGACGAGUUUUUUAUUGUUCAAAAUUUAGCAUUAAGCACAGAUCGAUUUUGGCAGGAACGUUUUCAGCUGGCAGAAGCCUUCUCAAUGUUUUUCGAUACUCGGCUAUCCAUGCUGAUGAUCAGCAUAGGUAGACACCAUAUGUUCUCCAGAAUAUAUCUGUUCUCAAACAUAGAAACUUUCUUAUCAACGACAGAGCUACACUACAGACUGCUUGACGUCUUUCAGCAGUUCUAUCAGAACAGAGACCAGGAGCCACUUUUUCAGCUCGUUUCGGAGCUGCACUCGGAUGUGUGUGGUAAGGUUAUGAGAUGUCUUUACGAUUAUGCACCAGUUCCACUGGACCUUUUCCAAAACCUACACAAAUACUUGUUGCUAAGAGAUAUGCACUUUGUGAGGCAGUUAAUAGAAUUACUUGAACCUGUACUGGAAGGGGAGGCAAGGUUCUACGACACCAAGCAAUUGAACUUUAUGAUGAGCAACAUGUUAUCUAUUCGAGUUUCUGAUCUAUAUGUAGGGGAAGCCAAUUCAGAAGGUUCGAAGUGUUGGUCCCGCUUUGUCCUGCAUUGGAAGCUGCCUAUCCACUGGAAAGCAUUACUGGGGGACAGUGUUAAGCAGUACGAGUCGGUCUUUCCCGGCCUAUGGAAGUUCCAUCAUGCUUACUAUGUACUCUGCGAAAGGAUUAUGAGGCAAAACUGGCACUUUCGAAAACAUAUCCUCCUGGACAAUAAUGGCUUGGAACAUGUCCAGUGCCACUUCGAUAAAUUGAUCGACAUUCUGUUCGACUUGAUGGAUGUUUUGAAGAGCUUCCUUCUACACGAAGUGUUAGACGAGGCUUUUGCCGAGCUCAAGCUGGCUCUUCAGAAGGUCAGGAGCAUAGACGAAAUGCUCGAGGCCAAUGUUAUCUAUCUGGACGCGGUCAAGUUCGGCUCUUUUCAAACGAAAACUGUAAAAAGGUCCAGCGUUUACUUGGAGAAAGUGUUCAGUCUCAUCCUCGACUUAGAAGGACGCCAACAGAAGUUCUACAGGCUGUUCCACAUUUAUAUGGAUUAUGCAAGUGAUGACAGUUAUGUCGGCUCCAUUUUGCCGAACCGUUUGCACGAUUUUCGUUUAUCCUGUCAGAAAACUUGCGAUUCUCUCAAUGACCUAGAAGAAGAAAUAUAUGCGGUGAUAUCCGAUUUUCUGUUGAGCUUGCAUAUUGCUGGAUAUCCAGCGCUUAAGUUGUUGGCCAGAAGAUUAGACAGCCAGGGACUCUACGAGAACAGAAAAGAGGUAUUGUGCUUUGUAGACACCCAUGCGUUCUGGAGAACGACGAAACAAUUUAAGACCUGAGGAUACUUAACAGGAACUCCGCUUUCUUUGGAAUUGCUUUCG